AUGGCGCGAUCAACCCACGCGCUGCUCCUGCUCGCCGUGGCCGCGGUCGCGGCGGCGUCCUUCUUCUCGCCUGCGGCUGCAGGCGUCGCGGUGGCCGACGUGUGCAAGAGCACCCCGUACGCGGACCUGUGCACCGCGACGUCCGGGAAGCAGGCGUCGCGCUACCCGACGGUGGACGCGCUGACGGUGCUGAGCAUGCAGGUGGACGCCUUCUCCAAGCGCGCGGCGGCGGCGCGCCUGCACGCGGCCGAGAUGUCCGCCAGCCCCACCGUGGCCCCGGGGGCGGCGAGGGCGCUCAAGACCUGCGACGGCCUCUACUCCGACGUCGAGGACAACCUCGGCGCCGCCCGCCGCGCCAUCGGCUUCAAGGACGCCGUCACCAUCCGCGCCAUGAUGGGCAUGGCGUCGCAGGACAUGAAGAACUGCGACGAGGAGUUCAGGAAGGAGGCCGCGGAGAACCCCCUGACGCGCUUCGACAAGUCGCUGCUCGACAUAUCCGAGAACUGCCGCGCGCUCUCCAACAUGAUCUGA